AUGGAACCUACUGCCGUGCCCAGGUUGGAACUCGUCACAACAAAGGAAACGAAUGACACCACCUACAUCGUUGAUGCCGUGACACCUGACACAUCGUUGAUGCUAUGUUGGUUGCACGAAUGUGGGAAGCGAAACGAGAUUGGCAAGAAGGAAUCUAAUGAAUCGUUUCACGAGAAGGACGGCACAGCGCACUCACCCCAUCACACGCUCGGAAUUCUCGCCAGCUCAGAGGAUAAAGGUCAGACAAUUUUUGGAAUCGACACACAAAUCCACGAAUAUUUGUUUUCGAAUCGUGAC